UUUCCUUAUUUUUCUAAUUUCUCUUCUUCCUCUUUUUGUUUUCUCAUCUUCCUCUCAUCCCUUUUUGUUGUUUCUUGCUAUUUUCUUUCUCUCCUCCUUAUCUUUUUCAUUUCCUCUCUUCUUUCUCUCCUCCUUGUAUUCUUCUUCCUCUUUUCUUUCUCUUUUCCUCUCUUUCCUCUCAUUUCCUCUCUUCUUUCUCUCCCCCUUUUAUUGUUCUUCAUCUUUUCUUUCUAUCAAAUUUCUUUCCAUUUGAUUUUUCCGCCUUCUGCCUUCUUUUAUUCCAUCUUUUUUAUUCCACUCUCCUUUCUUUUUCUUCCAUAACCAUUUUAUGAAUUUCUUUUUAAAUUUUAUGUUGCUUUCGAUAUUGGUAUUUCUUUGCUAUCAAUACGUUGCGCGUUUUGCUCUUCUUCUCCUUCUCACCCGCUGCAGCCCCAACAAGAAGCCCAGCCCCGACACACCUCCCCUUGGGGAAACUGGGAUUUCCGGAUCUGCUUUGCUCUGUCCGUCCAUUUGCUGCUCUUGCCGGUUUGUGGGUGCGAAUUUCUGGGCCUUUUGGGUUCCUGAUCGUUCUAUCAGUUUAGCACUUGGAUUGAAUCUUCGGUUCUAUGCGAGUGAGGUAAGUAAAUUUAUGGUAAUACCCGUACAGCUUUUAAAAGUAUGUUUUAAUUUGUUUUUGAAGUGGUGGCGGGACUAAACCCGUUUUAUACAAAAUGAGCAUGAUUGAUUUGAAAUAAAUUUUUAUGCUUUUCAUUAAAUUGAGCAUGCCUACUUGAAAUUUAAUUGAUUGUCCUGAUGAUUUGAAAGUGAUUGGUGAAUUAUGAUUUU